UAGGAUCCCUGUUCCCCAGGAAACGUCUGUUUUUUUGUGGGGAUGUUUGCUCGAGACCUUAUGGCUUGGUUCGCAUGACAUGGAGGGCCCCUGGGCAAUGCAGGUGCCAACUGCCGGGGCCGCGGGCCUCCGAGAGCGGGUGCGAGAGGCCCUCAAGGCAGACCUCUUGGCGGCAGACCUGAAGUGCAGCUUCUUCGUCUCUGCCCUGCAGAGCUACAAGCGGGAUUCUGUCCUUCGGCCCUUCCCAGGACUCUAUACCACGGACGAAACCAAGGAUUUUGAGGCUUUGCUUGCAGAUACAAAAGCGUUGGUUGGCUUGAAAGAGCUGCUUGAGUUGGCCCAAGACACAGGCACGAGAGGCUGGGAGCUGCUGGGCUGGGUUUUGUCUUCCAAGGCCUUGUGCAUACACAGUACAAGCAAAAAGGAGUAUAAGAAGAUCCAGGAGCUGACAGGAGUGCCCUGCGUCCCCGUCCCUGCACCAGACUUCCUGUUUGAAAUCACUUAUUCCAGUCAAAUGAAUGCCAAAUUUGAAGAGACCAAGGCAGGACGAGACCUCAUCUAUGCAUUCCACGGGAGCCGGCUGGAGAACUUCCACUCCAUCGUGCACAAUGGGUUACAGUGCCAUUUAAACCGGACCUCCUUGUUUGGGGAAGGCACCUACCUCACCAGUGACCUGAGCCUCGCUCUCCUCUAUAGCCCCCAUGGCCUUGGCUGGCAGCAGAGCCUGAUGGGACCGAUCCUCAGCUGUGUUGCCGUGUGUGAGAUCAUCGAUCACCCAGAUGUAAAAUGCCAGGUGAAAAAGAAAGAUUCUAAAGAAAUAGACAAGAAAAGAGCCAGAGUGAGGAACAGCGAAGGGGGCGACGUUCCCCAGAAAUACUUUGUCGUCACGAACAAUCAGCUGAUACGGGUGAAGUACUUGCUCGUCUAUUCGCAGAAGCAGCACCGGAGGCCUGCUGGCCAGUCGUGGGUCUCUAAGCAUCGCUUUGCUAUCAUGAUGAGCCUGUAUCUGCUGCUGCUGGUUGCCAUUGGGGCUAGCAACUCCCCAGCUUUCCUCUACUAUUGGAACAGGAUUUUUGACUUAAAACAAUGAACUUGUGGGGAUGGGACAGGGCUGCCGACCCUCACCAUAUGCCUUAAUAUUGAGCGAUCUAAAGCCUUCAUGAAACCUUCCACUCAGAAGCUGGGGGGCUCUGGGGGGCUAGGGUGGGAUGUUUCAGCUGCCUUAACUUUCCUGGCACAGCUAUUUCAUAUCGCUCUGGUUUUGCCUUGCUUCUCUGAACACGAGUCAGGUAGGUGCACCCUCCUUAGCUUAAAGAUGGAGCAGGACGAUGCAGGUGACUGGAAGGGCAGAAAUCCUGCAGAACAGGGACUGGCAAGGAUGGGGGUGGGGUCCCAUGUCUGCAAUCACUAGCAAGAGCUUCAAUGCCCUGUGCAAGUAAGGGUGAUGUUUUUCAUCUCGAAUCUCCCCCUUGCAGUCCUUUCUGAUUUGGGCAUUGGAAAUAUAUUUCCUGAAUUCCCCCCCCCCCAAAAAAAAAUAAUACCAUAUGAAUGAUGGAAGAACUGGGUCAGAGUCAGACCAGAUAGCCUUUUCCCCAGCAGCCCUUCUUACAGUGGCCACCUGUGUGCCCCAAUGAAAAGUCCAGAAGCAGGACCCAGGUGCAACAGCACUUUCUUGCCCGACUUGUGAUUGCCAGAAAUUGAUGCUCGGAGGCAAUCCCUAGCUAGACGGACUCAUAGUCUGACUCACCUAAGGCACCUUCCUGUGUCCUGAUUUGGCCCAAGAGCCCUGUCAGAGGAAGCCCAUCUAGCCCAGCUGCCUGUUCUUGCAGUGUUCAACCAGAUGCCCCUGAGAAGCAUGCAAGUAGGAAUGAGCACAACUCUGGGUGUGAGAAGGAAGACAAGAGACCCUGUGUCCCUUUAAAUAUGAUUUCUACUCCAGCAUUCGCCUGCCAAAUGCCCAAGUCAGAAACAUGUUCCCAAUCUGAGAGCAAAGGCAUGCAGUCUGCAUCCUGUUGCUUCUCCUCAAGUGCUGGGCUGCCCUUCCUUUGUGCUUUUUCCCUGUUCCUCUUUCUCUUGCUGC